UGCCCCCUCGAGACUCCAUGAUCCAUCACGCAACUGACAGAGUUCUCUCUUCCUCUUAUUCACUCAUUCCUAAACAAUGGAAUUGCAAACUAAUUUCAUCUCCUUCCCAGUCCUCAUCUCCUUCCUCGUCCUCUUCCUCACCUUCCUUAAACUCAGAUCCAACAGGAAAUCGGCCUGGAGGUUGCCCCCGGGGCCGCCGAGGCUCCCGAUCAUCGGCAACACGCACCAGCUCAUGAGCCCACUCCCACACCGCACCCUCCGCGACCUGGCCUCGAAAUACGGCCCCCUAAUGCACCUCAAGAUGGGAGAGGUCUCUACAGUGGUAUUCUCAUCGGUGGAGACAGCCAAGGAGGUGCUCAAGACCCAUGACGUGGUCUUCGCAUCCCGCCCGCCCAUCCUUGUCACGAGCAUCAUGUCAUAUAACUGCACCAGCAUCACAUCCGCACCUUAUGGUGAGUACUGGCGCCAGCUGAGAAAGAUUUGUAUCCUCGAGCUCCUCAGCGCCAAGAGGGUCCUCUCAUUCAGGUCCAUGAGGGAGGAUCUGAUGGCGGACCUGGUCCAGUGGGCCCGGUCAAGGGCUGGGACCUCUAUCAACCUAUCAGAGAAGAUUUACUCGUCGCAGUAUGCCAUGACUUCUACGGCAGCAUUUGGGAAGAAGAGCCCGGAGCAGGAGAAGUUCAUUGCCGUGAUCAAGGAGGCUAUAAAGUUCGUAGGUGGAUUUAAUAUCGCGGACAUGUUCCCAUCGAUAAAACUGCUCGAAGUUAUGAGCGGCAUGAGGCCUAAGAUCGAGAAAUUGCACAAUGAAUCCAACAGGAUCCUCGAAGACAUCAUUCAGGGGCACAAGAAGGCCAGGGAAGGGAAUGAGAACGAACAAGAAGAAGAUUUGGUGGAUGUUCUCCUGAAGGUUCAGAAGCAGGGCGAUCUUCAGUUCCCCUUAACCACGGAUAACAUUAAGGCCGUCAUCUUGGACAUUUUCAGUGCAGGGAGUGAGACACCAGCAACAGCGGCCGACUGGGUUAUGUCGGAGCUCAUCAAGAACCCUAAGAUGCUGCAGAAGGCCCAAACCGAAGUGAGAGAGGUCUUCAACAGGAGAGGACAAGCCGGCGAGGAAGGGCUUUCAGAGCUCAAGUACUUACAACAAGUGGUGAAGGAAGCCCUGAGGCUUCACCCGCCGGUCCCUCUCCUUCUACCGAGGUUAGCUGCUGAGACCCGCGAGAUAUGUGGCUACACUAUCCCGGUCAAGACCAAGGGGAUCAUCAAUGCCUGGGCGCUCGGGCGAGAUCCGAACUGCUGGAAUGACCCGGAGACCUUCGACCCGGAGAGAUUCAACGACACCUCAGUGGAUUUCAAGGGAAAUUACAUGGAGUACAUUCCUUUCGGGGCGGGCAGGAGAAUCUGCCCAGGCAUGACCUUCGGGCUCGUCCAGGUGGAGCUCCAGAUAGCGAUGUUGUUGUACCAUUUUGAUUGGAAGCUGCCUGGUGGGAUGAAGAACGAGGACCUCGACAUGACCGAGACAUUUGCAGUCACGGUGAGGAGGAAGGACGACCUCCACCUGAUCCCCACCCCAUACGUCCAGCCUCAAGUGGAUCCACGAUAAUGUUAUUGUCUGAGUGAAUGUUAAUAUGAUAUUGUGAACAGCCAUUGUGUGGAAUCAACGUUACAUUAUAUUCAAUAAAACUAGGAAGAAAAACAAUAUUGGACGUUAACAGAAGCAGGAGAAGAAAAAAUCGGAUAUCUACCAUUCAAUGAGGUCAAGAUGGUGCAAUUAGCAGGGCGAUACCUCUACUGUUAAAAUAAAAACAUGUACCACGUGGGCUGAUUCAAGUUUUUCAGUAUCUUUUCCUUAAAUAAGUUAUCGGAUUUCAGUCUUGCGAA